AUGAUUGCCCAGCUGGCUAGAGUCUGCAAUAGCACAGUCAGCUCAAACUUCAACUCCAAAUUGAAGGAUCUUAAUAUUCAGCAUAAAACCGUGCUGUGCUCUCUGAUAAAAUAUGAAGAAGUAUUGAAGAGUCAAAAGUCCAAAACCAUUGCAUCAAUUAAUUCAUUCUAUUCAUAUUACGCAUCACUGCAAGAUGUGCGCAAAGUCAUUGGUGUUCUUAACCGAGGCGAAUUUCUCGAAGUUUUGAGCUCGUUAGAGUCUGAUUCUUUUAUCAAUAUUUCCUCAUCUAUGAACGCGAAAAUACAUACUACGUCCAAAAUUAAAGGGCCAAUCAGCUACGGUGAUUCUAGACUAUCAUCUAGCGUUCCGAAAAUGGAUAUCCUCAAGAUCGUUGAUGAUAUCGGAAUCCUCAAAAAAAAUUCUGGCCGGUACAGAAAAUUGCAUAUAAUAGAUAAUAAAGGUGAAGUAUAG